AUGGCGGCCGCGGUGUUGGCGGCGGCGGCUGAGGGAGGCGGCGGCGGCCCCGGGGCCCUCAUGGCCGGCGGCGGCAGCAACAACGGCGGGGGCCUGGCGGCGGGGGCCGGCCAGGGCGGGGGCGCGGCGGGGCCGUCGUCGUGGACGCGCUCGCUGGAGCGCGCGCUGGAGGAGGCGGCGGCCAGCGGCGCCCUCAGCCUGAGCGGCAGGAAGCUGAGGGACUACCCGCGGGGCAGCGCCGCCAGCCACGACCUCAGCGACACCACGCAGGCCGAUUUAUCACGGAACAGACUCUCAGAGCUGCCACCUGAAGCGUGUCUCUUUGUGUCCCUUGAAAGCCUUAACUUGUACCAGAAUUGUAUUCGCUAUAUUCCAGAAGCCAUCCUCAACUUGCAGUCAUUAACGUUUCUGAAUAUCAGCCGGAAUCAGCUCUCUACAUUGCCAGUUCAUUUGUGCAGCCUCCCCUUGAAAGUUUUGAUAGCAAGCAAUAAUAAGCUCGUCUCACUACCUGAAGAAAUCGGGAACCUCAGGCAACUAAUGGAGCUGGAUGUAAGCUGCAAUGAAAUACAGACGAUUCCACCUCAGAUUGGCCAUUUGGAUAAUCUGCGGGACCUAAACAUCAGAAGAAAUCAUUUGGUGCAUUUACCCGAGGAGCUUGCCGAGCUGCCUUUGAUUCGGUUAGAUUUCUCCUGCAAUAAAAUCACCGCAAUCCCUGUUUGCUACCGGAACCUCAGGCACUUACAGACAAUCACGUUAGAUAACAAUCCGCUGCAAUCACCCCCCGCGCAGAUUUGUAUAAAAGGAAAAGUCCACAUAUUUAAAUACCUGAAUAUGGAAGCAUGCAAAGUAGCUCCAGAUCUUCCAGAUUACGAAAGGCGGCCAAUGGGGUUUGGUUCCUGCCACGAGGAACUGUACUCCAGCCGGCCGUAUGGAGCGUUGGAUUCUGGCUUCAAUAGUGUGGAUAGCGGAGACAAAAGGUGGUCAGGAAAUGAACCUAUGGAUGAAUUUUCUGACCUUCCUCUUCGAGUGGCGGAGAUCACCAAAGAGCAGCGGCUAAGAAGAGAAAACCAGUACCAGGAGAACAGAGGGAGCCUGGUUGUCCCCAACGGUGGAGUGGAACAUGAUCUGGAUCAGAUCGACUUUAUUGACAGUUGCGUCACUGAAGAGGAGGAGGAAGAGGUGAGGCAACCCAAGUGCACGGAGCCAGACAGCCUCAGCUCACAGUUCAUGGCAUAUAUUGAACGGCGCAUCUCACAUGAGGGCUCACCAGUCAAACAGGCGCUUUCCCGCGAAUGUCAUAGGACAGAAGAUGCGAGAAGAUACUUGCACCACAAUAGGGGCUCCAGCGACUUCUCCUGUCUUACAUCCCUGCCAAAUGCCCACAGUCAGGCCUCUCACUCGGAUGCAGACCCACACAGAAGGCGCGAGCAUUUAGUGGAGCGUACCCGGAGGGAAGCCCAGCUGGCCGUGCUACAGUUUGAGGAAGAGAAGAUGAGGACAAAACAGAUCCAAAGGGAAGCUGUCCUUGACUUUGUCAAACAAAAGGCAUCCCAGAGUCCUCAGAAGCAAAGCCCUCUGGAUAGCGAGUGUCCCUUUCCUUCCAGAAGGUCCCACCACACUGAUGAUAGUGCCUUAUGCACAUCCGCAUCCUGCCUUAAAAGACUUGGGUGAGCUCCAACCCUUCCUCACACUAAGCAAGAGGCCAGAACAGGAAUUAAAAGUGACGACAGGUCAACAAUCUCACCAAAUUCGCCUACAGCUCAAACAGCUGCUGCACUCUCGCCCUCUCCCACCUCUGCCCCUGCUAACAGCACUGAAGACUGUAGCGAGAACCAUAAUUCCAAGCUGCAGGAAGAAGAGGUGGAGCUGAUAGAGCAACUGCGAAAAAACAUCGAGUCACGGCUGAAAGUGUCCUUGCCUAGUGAUCUUGGAGCAGCGCUGACAGACGGGGUGGUGCUUUGUCAUUUAGCCAACCAUGUGCGGCCUCGCUCCGUUCCUAGUAUUCAUGUCCCCUCGCCAGCUGUUCCUAAAUUAACAAUGGCAAAGUGUAGGCGGAACGUGGAAAAUUUCCUGGAAGCUUGCCGAAAGAUUGGUGUGCCUCAGGAGCGGUUAUGUUUGCCUCUGCAUAUUUUAGAAGAGAGAGGGUUGACGCGGGUGGCAGAGACUGUGCAGGCACUGCUGGAGCGGGCCCCCCCAAAACAGCAGCCGCAGCAGCAGCACCAUUCAGCUGCUGUGUAG